ACACACGGAGUUUUCCUUAGCAUAGUGAAUGGGACUCAUUUAACAAGUCGUUUGUAGUGCCAUGUCUGAUCCGCCGAAACGGAAAAGGUAAGUCUUACUUGUGCUACUAUUUAUACAGAAGAUGAAUGAAUUAUUAUCAUUGGUGUUAUGCUCCAGGUAUCUUGGGCCUGAAGAAGAUAAUUUAAAUCCUCAGGAUGGCGAUGAUAGUACGGACAGAAGGGUUUCGAUUUUGUCUGGGGAUCCACAGUCUUCUCAUCACCAUGCUGAACAGACGCCUCUUCAAAGCAUUGGUUGCAUCUCUCAACAAUUUGAGGAAAUUCUUGCUGGCUCUGUAUCAAAUUGUCCAAAGACCACUCAGAGUCGCAUAGACCCUCAAACUUUAAGGCAGACCGAAGUUCCGCUUUGCUCAGUGUACACCACACCAUCUAUCUGUGAUAAUCAACACCAGCUAUUAGGCUCCCGAUCACUACCAGAGGAUGUAGUAUGCCCAGAAGAGGGCGCUCAAUUGAUUUCUCACAGUCAGCAUGUUCUACAAUCUACUCGUCAAGCAGAUACUCACUUGACAAACAUUUCCUGUUUUCGUCCUCAACCAGAGGUAUCUAUGGACUCUAAAGAAAGCCUGUCUUCACCUAUGAGAACUGACAGCAGUGAUCUUGCAGUAUAUUCAGAUCCUAUUUUAGCUUCCUCAGAUCCACUUGUUUCUUCAGAUCCUAAUGUUUCUGUAGAUAUUAAUGUUUCUGCAGAAAUUGAUUCUUGUGCAGAUAUUAAUCGUUCUCUAGAACGUGAAGAAGCUCAUUUCCCUGAAAAUUGCUCAAUUCUGACCCGAGAUACUGUGACUGAACAAAAAUUGUCAUCACCUGCACUACAACCAGAGGCAGACAACAUACAAGUUCCUCCAUCACUUCUUUCCUUUGACUCUAAUUGUUAUAUAGAGCUACCUGCCAAGACCAAGUGCAACAACUGCAAAAAAAGUAAGGUAUGCUAUCUAAUAAAAUUGUCAGUUCAACAACAACUUCAAGCCCUUCUGCAGAGAUCAGGUUUCUAUCAAAAACUUCAGUUUGAGCAUAAUCAAGCUACUGGAAAAUACAGUGAUGUGUACAGUGGUGAGCUCUACCAAAAUCUUCUGAAAAAAGGGUCCUUAGGAAGAGAUGUUCUGACAUUUCAGUGGUACACUGACGGUGCCGCUCUAUACUCCUCUUCCAACAUGAGUGUAUGGCCUGUGUACUUAACGAUCAAUGAGCUACCCUAUAGUGAGCGCUUCAAGAAAGAAAACUUACUUGUUCCUCUUAUCUGGUGUGGAUCUGUGAAACCACGAGGAAAUCUAUUAGUGGAUGAAAUGUAUGAUGAAAUGGCAUCUCUACGUGAGGUGAGUUCAAUGGUGCAUGCAGCUGUCAAGUGUGUGAGCAGGCAGGUGAACCGAGACCAGGCUGUCCUGGUGUCAGGCUGUUUCCUUUUGAAGAAGACCAAAUGA